CCAGUGGAGAGGAAAAGCCUGCUUCAUGGUUGCUAGAAAGGGGGAUUUCUUUUCUGAAAUCAUAUGGAAUUUUACAAAUCUUCGGAGAUAGAGUCAGAAAGGGAGAUAUUUGUUUGAGUUGUGGGUGGGGAAGUCCUAUAUUUGUAGUGGACUCAUUUUGGUUCGGGGAUUUUAAGAAAUAAUACAGGCUAAAAAUGGCAUCUGGCAACUAAGACCUGCAGAUGGACAGGGAUCGUAUAGAGCGGCUCUGGCACUGGAUGUAGGGGAUGAGUGACGGCAGUGAGUGAGGAAGAAGACAUACUUUGUGAGAGUGGGGGAGAUUUAAGCGGUGCAGCGUGGGUGGACCUUCAGUAGUAGGUACGGGCGUGCGGUGGCAGCGUCGGUGAGAGAAAGCCUGCAAUAACGAGACGAGAAACGGCAGCAUGGACGAGGAAAACUACGUGCCCAACGACCUCACUCCUGAGGAGCAGCAGGAGCUGGAGAACAUCCGCCGCCGCAAGCUGGAGCUACUGGAGGACAUUCAGCGCCUGAAGGAUGAGAUAGCAGAGGUGACCAAUGAAAUUGAAAACCUGGGCUCCACAGAGGAGAGGAAAAACAUGCAGAGGAAUAAACAGGUGGCUAUGGGCCGUAAGAAAUUCAACAUGGACCCCAAAAAGGGGAUCCAGUUCCUGAUUGAGAAUGACCUGCUGAAGAACACCUGUGAGGACAUCGCCCAGUUCCUCUACAAGGGGGAGGGGCUUAACAAGACCGCCAUCGGGGACUAUCUGGGGGAGAGAGACGAUUUCAACAUCCAGGUCCUGCAUGCCUUUGUGGAGCUGCACGAGUUCACUGACCUGAAUCUGGUGCAGGCCCUCAGGCAGUUCCUGUGGAGCUUCCGUUUGCCAGGGGAGGCGCAGAAGAUCGACCGCAUGAUGGAGGCCUUCGCCCAGCGCUACUGCCAGUGCAACUCUGGAGUCUUUCAGUCCACAGACACCUGCUACAUCCUAUCGUUUGCCAUCAUCAUGCUGAACACCAGCCUGCACAACCCCAACGUCAAGGACAAGCCCACGGUGGAGCGAUUCAUAUCCAUGAACCGGGGCAUCAACGAUGGGGGCGAUCUGCCGGAGGACCUGCUCAGAAACCUGUACGACAGCAUCAAGAAUGAACCAUUCAAGAUCCCAGAGGAUGAUGGGAACGACCUGACGCACACGUUCUUCAACCCCGACCGCGAGGGCUGGCUGCUCAAAUUGGGAGGGGGACGGGUAAAAACCUGGAAGAGAAGAUGGUUCAUCCUGACGGACAACUGCCUGUACUACUUUGAGUACACUACUGAUAAGGAACCCAGAGGGAUCAUUCCCCUGGAGAACCUCAGUAUCCGUGAGGUGGAGGACAAGAAACCAAACUGCUUUGAGCUCUUCAUCCCCGACAACAAGGACCAGGUGAUCAAAGCCUGCAAGACGGAGGCGGACGGCCGGGUGGUGGAGGGCAACCACACCUUCUACCGCAUCUCCGCCCCCACCACCGAGGAGAAGGACGAGUGGAUCAACAGCAUCAAGGCCGCCAUCAGCAGAGACCCCUUCUACGAGAUGCUGGCAGCCCGGAAGAAGAAGGUGUCCUCCAUGAAGAGGCACUAGGCCUUCUCCGGACCCACUGCAUUGGACCGUGCGAACCUGCUCCCUUUCGGGGCAGAGGAACUGACGUUCUCCAGCGGGACGGGGGUAGGGAGGGGGAGGGGGGGGGCACUUUUGGGGUUUUGGCAGGGUUUCUUUCGCUGGGACAGCUGGGGGGUUGGGAAAUUGGGACGAGGGAGCAGAGAGCAUGCUGGGAGAUGGCUGGCAUGAUGGCGUUGUGGAGGUGGGGGAGGGUGGGUGUCCGUUCUGCUCCCUUCUACUCAAGCCUUGUUCUGUCUGGAUGCUGGACUCUCACCUCCCCCCCCCAUCUUUUCCCCACAGAAUGUCUUACUGUGCCCCUUUGACCCUCUCUCUAGAGAGAGAGCCCCUGUCUCUCUGACACACUCAGCCAAAUGUACACACACACACACACACACAGACAUCUUUCUCUAAACUCAGCAGGUCUGACUGAAUGUGGUAAAGCAACCAAAAUUUUCUAACUUGGUUACAAAGAAGAAAUUUCUCACUGUUUAUUUCCUGUGGGCUUUAGUCUGCUGGCUGUGCGCGUACAGGUCAGAGCACAGCCCCUGGUGUGCGUUGGCUUUCUGCUGGCUGUGCGCAUACAGGUGAGAGCACAGCCCCUGGUGCGCGUUGGCUUUCUGAGGGCUGUGCACUCCCUGGUUUGACUGGUUUUUUGAACAAGUACAGACGAGCUGUGCUGAAAGCCCUCUUCAGGUGUGCUCUGCGCUUUUAUUAUUUAUUUCUUAUCUUUUGAUAUUGUUUCGACAUGUUUGAAGCUGCCUCACUGGAGUGUACCAGGCAGUUCUGACGCGUGAAGACACGGGUUUCUCUCUGCGAUGUCGAGCGUCGCCGUGGCGACCGGGGAGACGGCCCCCCGCCUUUCGAAACCCUGCUCGCUGGCUCGCUGGUCGCUCGGCGGUUCGCAGGUCGUGGCUGUGACACGGACCGGUCGGUCCCUUCAGCCGCUGCUGUGUGGAAGGAACGGGGCUCGCUGGGGCCCCCUGCAGGGCAAAAGUGUGAAGGGAAUGCGGGGAGAAGGAGAGGGGGAGCGGGGGAGAGGAGGAGAGGGGGGGGAGUAGGCAUCGGGGAGCCCCCUGUGCCCAUCCAGAGCCUGGUUAUCGCUCUGGGUUGCCUGGGUUACGCCAGCCAGGACUUCCUUCCUCUCCUCCAGGUUGCGUCUGUGCUCCCAGAAUGCAUCGCUGCAUUAUCAGAGCGCUGCGCGACCCUGACCCGUCCCCCUCCCCCCUGCUGCGAUCAGGGCAGCCAUCCUGUCCCUCAGCUCACCUACAGAUUCCUACUGAAGAUCAGGGGGGCCCAUAGGGGCGCUGAACCCUCGGUUUGGUCUCCAUGGUUACUGCAUACUACUGUCGCAAUGUGGCUUCAGUCCCGUUUGCGUCCUCGUCCCCUCUCAAAUCUGCCCAGUAACCUCUGCGCAAAUGCCUUCUUAAUGUUCAAACACAAAAUGCCGGACCUAUCAGGUUUAACCUGUCCUCACUAGGGCAGUUUAAAUGUGACCUUAGAUGGGUUUUUAAAUAAUUAUUUUGAAUAUAUUUUGUCCCCGAAGUUACAGAGUUCUGUAUCAAAAAAUGUAGAAGUAGCUACAGUUAAAAUGAGACUGUAAAGUUUGUUUGCCAUCAGGAUUCCAGGCUUUUGGUUGAAUACUUUCAGAGGAAGGGCAGCUAUCGUACCAUUUGAAUCAACUGCCACUUCAGGAGUGAAAACUGGUGGACUGGUCAGGGAAAAACCUUUGGUCAUGCCAGAAUACACAUCAAACUAUUCAGCAGGGAUGUUCGUUUAAGGUGAGAGUCUAGGGCUUAUAUUUUAUCAUUUAUAAUAUAGCAUGGGCAGGGGCCCUCUCCCCUUCAGCAUCAACCAAUGGAAUUGAAGUUCUUCACUGCAUCCACCAAUAGAAUGCCACUUUUCUGUACUAAAGGUGGAAACAGGAGCAUCCAGAGUUUGUAGUCUUCUUGAUUUAUAAUCGUUCGUAAUAUGUAAUUUAAGUUUAUAAAAACAGCUUUCCCUUCCCAGGUCGAUCAGUGCUUGCUUUUAGUUUUGAAACCAAGUGAUUUUUCCCCUUUCAUUUGAUUUUUUUAUUGUUCUGUUCAUCUCCAGUUUCUUACAUUUCAAUGCACUGAUGAUUGCGGGAAAAUGCAUAUGAAACAAUCUAAAAGACUAAGCAGUAUUUGUCUUAUUUAUCAUGGUUGUAUAUACUUAAAUGUGUAGGUUUCUGUCUUUGAUAUUAUAAAAAAAAUACUUUGUGUAGAAAUAUAUCACAAUUGAGUGCCAGUUGUUUUUCUCCCAUUUUGUUUUGUUUCAUAUUUCUACUUUUGCCAUGUAAUCCAGAGCCUAUUAAAUAAAGUUAAAGAAUUCCAAG